UCAACGAAUAUUGUAGUCUGAAUAACCUUGGUUGCUUGGACAAUUUAAGAAACGGAACAUUUUGUGAAGAUGAUAUUGAUGGUGAGGUGCUUUAAGUUACUUAGGUUUCUCUUAAACCUCAACAAUUUUGGAAAUAUGCUAAGCUUUUAGAACCUUUCUGAAAUAUAUAACCUUAAUUGAAAUAGCUGUAUAUCAUGCUAUUUGAAUUACGCCUUAUUUUACUAUAGUUUUGCACGGACACCGUUUCACUGGGCUACCUGGCGAUGUCUAGGUGAAUACCUAGCACACUCAUUUUUGCUCCAUUUUGCUUUGAUUUUAUGCUGCGUGAAAAUAAAACAAUAAAUAUACUAUUUACUUGGCAUUUUUGUUUUUGUUUAUGUGUUCAUUAGGUAAUUGUGACUUUGAAGAAAAUGGGUUUUGUGAAUGGCAUCAGGUUAUUGAGGGAUAUGAUGAUUUGGAUUGGAUACUUCAUAAAGGCGAUACUCCCUCCGAGGAUACUGGACCAAAAGUGGAUCAUACUCGCGGCAGUGCUGAAGGUAGUAUUACCAUAGAUAUAGGAGACAAGAUCGCCGACUCGGCUCGAGAGGCGCGACAAUUUCAAAAUCCAAGAUGGAUGCUCAGGGGGCCAAAAAAAGCGCAGGAAAAUGUUUUGCUAUAUAAACACAUUAGUUUUCGAGCGUUCUGCGAGACUCUCGGUUGUUUUAAAGCGUUCUGAUUUAAUUUUUUUUAUAAAAUAUUAAGCAAGUGCCACCUGGGUUUAUUUUUGUUAUUCAAAACUACAUGCGAUGCCACACUUGCGCGGCAUGCAACUGUUGGAAUAUAGGAGAAUACCAUCGAACGAUGAAAUUACUAUUUCAUUUCAUGCACAGGUAGGAUAUUAAUUUUAUAAAAGUUUUAAUGCCACUUUCUCCAACUUUAGUGGAAAAGUAAUAAAAUUUAUUUAAUCUUAUAUUACACAGUGGCUGUUAUCUUUAUAUAUUCCAUUAUUUUGCUAAAAAUGUGAGGUUUUAGUCCUUAUAUCAUACUUUAGCUCUCCUUUGUUAACAAGAGCGAAUAUUGUUCUCGACCAAUCAGAAGAUUUGUUUACCUUUUGGCGCUAAGCCAAUCAAAACGCAUACAUUUUUACUACUGCCGGUUUAGACGCGUAUUUCAACACGAAAAUUACGGUCAUAAAUAAAGCCUUGGGUGAGCCUGUUUUUUUAAUUUUUUGGACUUAUUUCAAUAAAUCCUAUAAAAUAUAAAAUUUUCGAAUAAUUUGCAGCUGGAAUUUGCGUUUUAUCGCUUAGCUUUGAAAUUAUCCGCAUUAAAAAACGGCGGAUACCAUACCAUAACAUACCACAACAUAUCGUACAGUACUGUAUAUUACCGUACCAUAUUGUACCGUCCGUAUAACGUACGUCCCGUUUAUAUUGUUAUCGUGGCAUCUGCUAUGCCUCAGUCAACAUUUUGCAAAUAUAAUUCUUAGGUUUCUACAUCUAUAUCGAAACCAGUUAUCCAGCAAAGGAAGGAGACAAAGCAAUCAUCGAAGCUGGACCAUUUAAAGCUGACCAAAAUUUGUGUUUCAUAUUCUAUUAUCAUAUGUUUGGCGAACACAUUGGUGGAUUGAGUGUGUAUCGAAUGUGGUGGAACAGAACGAAUAUAGAACUUCUUUGGACCAGAAAUACCUGGGGCAUUGAUCACUGGGAAAAAGCGUCGCUCGAUGUUGGAUCAGGGGAAAAUUUCUACGUAAGUACAAAAUUCAUUUGGGAAAAUUAUGUUUGUUUUUGGUCAUAUACAGGACACAAUCGGGGAAUAUUCUAGACGUUUCCGCAAACCCGCUUCGGAACUUUCCUUUAUACCUGAAGCAUAUUCUUCCUUUUCGUUUUUUGUGAAUGAAAAGUUCACACCUAUAUAUAGGGUAUUACAAAGACUAUUAUAUAAUACCUUAUUGAAUUCUGAUCGUUUAAUUGGCUGUUUAUGGUCACGUGAUAUUGAAUAGAAAAUUCCAUUUCCCAAGUGCAAGAAUAAGAUAUAUAAGAAACAACUUAAGGCGCACGUGGCCAGCACGCAAUCUAUUUGAACCCGUCCAGUUUUCUCAUUGGCUUUCUAAAUUUGGAAAUGAUUUCGAAUGUCUGUUGACAACAAUUUGUUGCAGGCUGUUUAUUUUUGUUUCAUAAAUUCAUUUCGAUUUUCGAAGGCGGUUAACGCGGUUUAUUUUGUUUCUAUUAAAUGUGCAAUGGAAAAUGGGUAGAAAAUUGAAUUAAAAGCAAAGAAAAAAGAUCUUGAUUAAAGCCACCAUUCAAGGAAUAAUUAAGGCAUUAAAAAUUAUCCACGCGAAAACAACAAAAUUUACUGUUGUGCCUUGUAAUAUAUAAAUACACCAAACGCCAUACAACUUCCUUAAAUAAUAUGUAAAUACACCAAAUACACCAAACGCCAAACAACUUCCUUAAAAGAAGCAUCAAUUUUAUAACGGAAAAGUAACGUUCAGACUCUCGACAAACAAUAGCAGUUUAUUAUUCUUCAAGAAUCGACCUCGAUGAAACAACCAGUCAGUAGAAAUUGUAAUAUUCUGUGCGAACUAUUGAACACCGAGGAAAUUUCGUGUAUUUGUAAUUUUCUAAUAAAAUUAUACAUUUUGUCCAAUAUAAAGAACAAUUUCCACCGUUACUGUAGCACAGUAUGCCAUGGAGCUAUUUCAUACAUUAUGCGAAUUAAAAUAAAUUAUCUUAAUUAUCAUUUGUCAUAUCAACUUUGCACUAUCCUUGGGAUCUCUGAGUUUAAGUUUGUAGCCAUUUAAUACCGGGUUCAGCCCUUUCAUAAUAGAGAAGUUAACAUUGACGUUUACAGCAAACCGUGGUAACUGCCAACCUCAUGUCCAAUUUUGAAAUCAACUGUAGCUGUUCGAAGUUAGGACAAUUUUUGCAUUAAAACUGAAGAUGGAAUUAACUUAAAACUUGUAGAAAACUUGUAGAAGUUACCUUCAAAUGCGAAUUGAAAUUUGCCGUUUGUGGUUACCGGUCUGCCGUAAAUGUCAAUCUUAACGCAUUUUGUAAUUACAGGUGAACACUCAAAUAGAGAAUUUAAUUCAAAAUUUUGAUAUGCAAUUUUUUGACAUUUAAAUUCGGAGUCAACCCUUACUGAAGGGCAUGUACUGUAGUUUUUCCUAUAAAUACCUUUGAGUCACAACGCUCUAUAUGAUUAUCCCAAUACAGUGUAUAUAUUUUGAAAUCUGCAAUAGAAGAAUUUCAGUCGUGCAUACGCUUACCGAUAUACAAGUGAACGUGCUAUAGCUAUAGACCGCAGUUCCAUGCUGAGCUGAAUUACGAAGUACACAGCUUAACGUGACUGAGAGUAGGAUUUCACUCUUGGCAGCCACGUUUUGUCACAUGUCUGAUUGUGGAACUUGUGCGCAUGUAUCGGAGUUCUGUAAGCGUCAUGCACCAAAUAGUAAAUAUCAAAACUCUGUUUCUGUAUUUGUAUAGUUAAUGAUUGAGGCUGUUGCAGGUGGAUGGAAGGGCGAUAUUGCGCUUGAUGAUUUUUCUUUGAUUGGCAAACAUUGUUCUGAAGUAGAAAAUGGUAAUUAUAUUGAAUUUUAAAGUUCGUUCGAUGUCUACCCUAAUUCGAUGAUUUGUCUGCAUGAAUUUAGAUGAGUGUUAACGCUGCUGACGAACAAACCAAGUGUUAAGUCGAACUAUCUGUUUAGUUUGUUCAUUCAUUCGGACACAAAUGUGAUGGACAUGUAAUUAAAAGCGCUAAGCAAAAUGCGACGUUAGCUAUCCAAAUAUAAAAUAUAUAGUAUGUUCAUUCUAUUUGCAUUGACGCUGGCUGUCCAGUACUAUCCAGUGAUAUCAUUCAGAUCGUCAUGAAGAUGGUAAAUACUGAGUACCAUUCGCGCGGUUUGUAGGCCAUGAAUUGUGAAUUAGCGGACGGAUGUGUUGACCGUACUCUUGAAGAGGUUUGCUCACUACACCAACCGCACAAAUGUUUAACAAUCCACCUGUAUAGUGCGCAUGUCGGUUUUGUUACGGUCCUUGUCUGCCGACAACAGGUUUUGGCUCAAAAUUCUAAAAAUGUUUAAAAAUAUAUUUGUAUAUAACGACAAGCAAAAUAAUUUGAGGUCUGACGAGCUGAUGCUUGCCUGUUGAGUUACAAAGUUUUGUUCACUAUUUGUGCGAAUCUCCUGAUGUACCGUGUGGAUGGGCGAUUCGUGUGAAUUGUUGGCAUAUAGUGCCAAGUAGCGUGCGCUUGAUGAGAUCCCCUGCGUUGCAUGGUGGUAAAACUGUUUUUCACGACCCGUGUUACACCGUACUCAUACCCAUAUUAUAUUUUGUGCCGGUAUAAAGGGUACUAUAUGUAUUUGUAAAAGAUUGAUCGUGCGGAAUAUGCAGAUUUUAGGCACGUCUAUUCAUAGCACAAUGGUACUGAGACGAGAAUUUAGAAGAAAUCAUAUUUGCAACAUCUGACCGAAAGCGGUUGCAAUAAUUCAAUUACAGGCUAACUUGUUGGAAUCGAUCCUCAUCUUCACAAGCAGUCUUUGUCUAAUAUGUCAUGUCUUCCAUUCGGUUUAAGAAACACUACACCGCACGUACACUUUUUAAAAUUUACAAUCUCUAUUUCAGAAUAUGCUCGCCAAUCGUACACAACUGCCAGGAGGAAGAAAACUGUCUAGUUCGUCUUUAAAUGUUUGAAACUUGGUGACACUGCUUCUAGAUUUCCUUCCAAAUAUUUCCUACUUUAUGUGCAUUCAUGUAAAGUCAGGAAGAAAUGACAUCUUUGUAUUUUGUUACAGAUAAUUCGCCAUUUUGUUCAUUUGAAAAGCCUUGUACUUGGAAAACAAUUCCCCCAUUGUGGAACAGAACGCUAGUGAACACCACAAACAAAUUCAUACUACAAGGUAUGGAAAUGAGUAAGCGAAAGUGCAUUCUUGUAUUCUAAUACGUUAUAUUUUCCCUACUUGUUAUAAAUUAGUCGUUUCAAACAUGCUUGUAUUGUAAUAACUUCUAUUAAUCAUAUUCACUGGAAUACAAGAAGACUUCUGCUGCCAAGGGAAACGAAGGCAGCGUCGAGUAGCGUCAUGUUAAGUAUGUGUGACCGGACCGAUAAAAUUCGUGUAUUUAUUCCUUCUUCCCGGACUUCUAUUCAUUCUAAUCUCCUUUAAGGACGUUGAUUCAAGAGGGGGCUAAAUUACGAAAAUGAGCAAAAAACUUUUUUUUGAAUGACGAAGAAUAGGGAAAAUAGACAAUUACAUAGAUAGGCGUUCCUAAACGUUCCUGGAUCCUAAAUUGAAGAACACACAGUUUAAUGUCACUAAAUUUACACAUAAAUGUUAUUACGAUCUGUUGCCAGGCUAUUUAGAGGUGUUGAGUGUGACCAUGUCGAGAAUUACAAUCAACUUUAUCAACAAGCACCAUCACUUGAAAUUCCUUUAGUUAAGAGAAACAGACAAAUUACUACAACGUGGCAUCUAGCAGCACACACGAGUCAUGUUUUAGGAAUAGUGGAUUUGCAUUGGAUUUUUGUUGGCCCAACAACACUAGUUCCAGCUAUUUGCCUAGCGCGCACAAAUCUGCAAAAUGUUAUUAAUUGUAUUAUUAUGUGUUUGUCUAAUAUUUUCAAAAGCAAAAAUACAUAGAAAAGAACUGUUGUUAAUGUGAAAAAUUCAAGAAAAGAAACUGUUCGAUAGUCUAGAAAAUAACCCACAAUUGAGAGUUACUGAGUACUGAGGUGAGUUGCGAUAUUAGAGGUGAAGAUAUUCGUUCUGCAUUCUGUCUCUGCGUGAAUAUUUAUAACUGUUAUCAAGCAGAGCACCUCUUUCCACGAUAUCGGAUAAUUUAAUGUCUUUAAUUCAUCAUUCAGACUUAAAACGUAACUGUAUAAGGCGUAACUUAAACCUAGAAAAUAUACAAUUUGUUAUACAAGUAUAAAAAUCCAGGGAUAUUUUCAGUACCACUAUUACUGCAUGUAUUACAUGUAAAUAAAGCUUGAAAAAUUACUUGAGUAGAUCGACCCAAAACAUACCAAACUGUUUCAAUUUUAAUUGAGAUUUGCUUAAGUCUGGUUUUAACCACCUGUAAUAUAAUUUUAAACUAAAGGUAUUGAACUGUGUUGUUAUUAGUUUUUCGAGCUUUUUGUCAUCAUAUAUGCUUAUAAGUAUGCAUGGCUAUAGUGUAAUAAUUAUAUAUACAGUAUUGUCAUUAUAUCUGCUUUUUGGGUGUUCGCCAUGCAUGUAGAAUAAGGCGUAGUUAACCAAUGAAAAUUGGUCAUUCAAAAUGCAAUCUAUCAAUCGAAACAAUCAAAGCCAAUUUGUCAAUUUAUUAUCAUUUGGAUAACUUCAAAGGAUGAUUAGUGCUGUAGUAAUUUACUCAAGAUGAAAACUCCAUUGUUUUGGUUUAUGUAUUUCUGUGUGGUUGUAAUAAACUUCUGUUGACCUACACAAGAUUUCUGAAAAACUACUUCCAAUUGUAUUACUAUUGGGAAGUUUUCCUUGAAUUUAAUUAAUGAGACAUAUACUGUAAUUGCAUUUACAUUUUCAAGUUUGACAAUCAACUAAACAUUAAAAUAUAUCAAGGAAUUUAAGAAUUACUGAAAUUGCAUGAGUGUUCUUUCUCAAUUGACUAAUCAAAAUCCAUACUUGAUAAUCAGUCAAUGAACCUGUAACGUCCAGUACAAGAUGAUCAGUUGAUUAAAUAGACAUAAAUAGUAUUGGUUUCAUCGAGACUGGAGGUUUGUAUGAAAUGGGCAUUACAAUUGGAUUGACUUUUAUCCAGCUAGCUCACACCUGCAAUCAAGUCAUAUGUUACUGGGUAAAAACUGCUCCUGCAAUAACUUACAUUGUUAUUAUCUAUUAUUAUAAGUCAGUAAACUAUUGCUCUCAGUCUCAAAAUCAUAAUGGUAUAAUCACGUUUAUUAUAAAAGCCUCGCCUAUAGGCGAUAUUAGUUCUGGUGGUAAAAAUCAAUAUGUUUGAGCUGAUCUGCUUCCAACACAAGCCCUAGCACUCAAACACUAAUGUUUGUUGCGGAUACCACUUAGGAUAAUGCAAUCCCAGCCAUACCGUUAAUCCAUUAAGCUCUCCUCCCCUUGAUAAGUAAAAUCGUCUGGCAUUAGACAGAGUAAAAAUAAUAAAGUAAGACGUGUCAUGGCAGAUAGGCUAGUUAACCCACUAAGUGUCAGCUGUGUAUUCCCUUGACGAGUAAAAUCAUCUGGCGUUGGACAGAGUAAAAUAAUAAAGUUGGGCACAAUGCGACUCAAUGAGUUUAAUAGCUAUAGGCUUUCAUUAAAAAACAUUAUUUAAUUAAAUUGUCAUAUGUUUUAAAGUUUAUUCAGCUCAAUCAUGGCUGUAGCCUAGAUGUGUAUCGAUUGCUGACCUAAAUUAAAAUGUACAUGCUAUUACAGCACGUACUGAACUAGUGAUAUUUUCAGCUUAUGUUGGAAUCUUUGUUGUGGUGAUGUUACAAGAUACUAACUCAUCUUUUGCACAUUCACAUGGCAUGUUCAAGAAGUUAUGCAUAAUUUAUAUUAAUUACAAAUGUUAUGGUACGGUUUGUAGUACCAACUGAGCAGACAAGAAGUUCAACCCAAAAGCCAAAUUUGAAAUUUUUUGGAGGUUACUCAUUGGAGAGUCGUGGAUUGCAAGUCUGGAUAACACAUAGUUCGAUUUCUACUGUUUGUAAAGAAUGAAGAAUAUCGUAACAUAGACACGGUUAAGGAUAAAGGAUAUUUUCGCUCACAAACGCAGAACCGAAAACCUCAUGAACCGCUUAUGCAUGAGGGGGGGGGUAGGCUUAUAUAUGGAUGAAAUUUGAUGUUUGUAAUAAUAUUUAUUGUACCUGUACCUAUAUACUGUACUGUUCACGAAACGUAAUAUUUUCAAAACUGUAAUUGAAGGAGGAAGAAUAAAUUGUGUUGACUGGAAACUUUCACUCUUAAAAUGAUAUACAGAAUAUAUGAAUUGUGAUAUGUUACAUGAAAACAAUAGUAAUUUUGUUACUUUAGCUGAGUUUUCUAGAUCAUGACUUGAUUAAUUAUUGUGCAGGUGACAAAUCAGCUUAAAUGCAUGCAUCUUGUUACCUGGAUAUAGCCUACGUGGUUCACAUGCUAUAAAGGUUAAUUUGACUUGUACAUUAAGAAUAAAAAUACUUGUAACUGCUGGACUGUUAGCCUGCGAACAGGCCCUUAUGCGUUACUGGCGGCGCGAAGAAAGGAGGUCCUGCACGGAGCUAUAUGUUUUUUGAUACUGGCGUUCGUAUAGAAACGUAGGCUUCUGAUUGGCUUACACUCGUUUGCAUAAUUGGAUACUUCUCAAUUUCAACAUUGUAUUCUCUCGCUAAAGUCCAGUCCUGACAGACAUUCAACCAAAAUUUGGUGCUUUUGUUUGGAUUUUCAUUUAGUUCUUUUGUUAAAGCAAAUUUUGGUGCUUUUAUUCGUAUUUUCAUCUGGUUCCUCUGGGGCAAUUUCAUUUCACAUCUGUGUUUAAAAUACCUUUCCGCCAUUUUGUUUGUUUUGGGAAAAUUAGUAAUUGUACUGCAGUCAAUAAAUGAAAUAAUUGUACUGCUCUCAACCAAUCAGCAUCCAGUAAGUUUGUCAUGCUAAUAAUAAUGAGCGUAAUAAACAACGGUAUUUAUUAUCGUUAUCGCCGCUGCUGCUACUGUUAUUAUUUAUUUUUUGUGUUUGUUAUUAUUUAUUAUUGUUGACAGACUACAUUGUCUCAGACGUCCUUAUGUAACUUUAUAGAUUACUUUCUAAGAAUGAACUCUCCAGGAAGACUUGAAAUAACUUUAAAUGAAGAAAUGACAGCACUAUAUCAGUGUAUAACCUUCUGGUACAAGUUUCAUAAUGUAACGGGCGGGUCAUUGAAAUCCAUUCAAAAGCUGUUCGAUGGAAAUGUAAUUGAAUUGUCGCACACUCUUGAAGCUACCACUGAACAAUGGGUGUUUAGUGAAAUGCCACUGCAGAGAAAAUACACGAAUUCAAAGGUAUUUAAGUGAUUUUAUUAGCUUCAUCAAACAUAACCCCCCAAUGCGUGUUCCCCCAAACUUAAUUGGGAGAACUAAACUGUGAACUAAACUCUUGCAGGGAAUGUUGAGACGAUAAGUUGGGAAGAGCUUCAAGACCCAAACCACUAUAGCUUAUAUAUAGUUUGCGUUCAGUUACUUUAUUUUUUAAAGUUUUGAGGCUUUUUCUGUCCUCGGUGACCAGAUAUUAGUAAUAAGCUGGUAUCCUUGGCGACUAGCUUGCAUGAUAUUCGAAAGUCUUCGAUUCGAUCAAGUUGAGAAGCGAACUUGGGAAUUCAGCUUAGUUCUCAAUUUCAAGCCAGUAAGAAUCACUGGUACACCAACCGCCGUUUAUUCGUUAAAUCGUGGUCCUUGCCACACAAGUAGAAUUUACCCAUAAAAUCAUACAAUUUUAACGAUUUAUGUUUGUAUUUCUUGUGAUCUUAUUAGCAUAAUUAAUCGCCAAAGGCUGUGUUAAAAGCGCGGUUACUUAUAUUUUCUUCUUUAUUAUUGUGUUUAAUUACAAAGUAUAUUUUUGAAAUUACCCAAUUUAUAACUGUGCAAAAUAAACAGUUAUGGCAAAGGCAGACUCGUCAAGAAAUAUUGCAAGGAAGGGUGGGCAAUAUUUAGGUUACUAAUGAUCGUUACUUCAUGUAAGUCAUGCCGGUUUGGACGUAAACCGAGAAAGGCGCGGUACGAGGACGAUUUUUCAGGUCUUCCCAUUUCAGUUCGUUCACCGUUUUCUCUAAAUUUCUGAAACAUUUACCAAACUUAUACGGCAAAUACAAAUGUUUUCUUGGUGAUAAAAGAGCUACAAGCACCUUUGUUAUACGUAGUUAUUCAGCUAGCAUUCGAAGGACUUCACAAUCUAAACUAUAUAUUUAUAGUUGCCCUCCCAACUCACUCGCUAUCAAUGUUUACUAUUACCGGUGGUAGUAUAACAAGAAGGCCAAAACUUGUGGUUUCUGGUAAUAUGUGCUGUAUGCAAUAGUGAACCGUAUUGAUAGUUUACAUUAGGUAUGCAUAUUUCUUUUAAUUUAGUUUUCCCUUGUCUAUUAGAUUUUCUUCGAUGUUUUAAUUCCUGAAUAUUUAGUUCAGCCUUAUCUUGAUAUUGACGAGAUUAAUUUAUCAUCCGAACCAUGUAUCGGUUUUCAACAAGGUGAGUGGAAUAUGCAUAUAGAUAUAGGAGACACAGAUCUCGAGUUGUUUCAACUAUAUGUGCUGGAAAGCAGUUGGACAAAAAAAUCUUUUUCAAUUUCAUAAAUUCUUUAGGGAAUGGUCGUGGCAACGAAACACAAACAGUGCUCAAUACCAUAUAGAUAGAGCGUAAUAUAGUUUUUCGUUUUACCUCAAAAAACCACAACAGUCUGUUUCAUGUUUCAAUAUAUUUUCAUAUAUACAUUAUGUUGUGUUAUUGUUCAUUCCGUAAGUUGAAAAUGUUCUCGAGUGUGUAUUUCAUAAUUUCCAUACCUAGCGCAAGCAGAAAGAUAUUGUCUGCCGCGGAUGGGUCUGGAUCGCGGGUUCAAGGCCCAGCCAAUCAAUUUAUUAUUAUUUUUUUAUAUUUCUGCUUGCGCUGGGUAUGGAAAUUAUGAAAUACAAACUCGAGAACAUUUUCAAACAAAAUCGGGAGACCAAAACAUGGAAAUUAAUUCAGAAAUUAUUCUAUUUGAACUACAUCCGGUGGGGAAAUUUGAAAAGCUUUCACGAAAGGAACGCGAUAAUGAAUUUUUAGUCAAUUUGUUUGGUGUAUCACGUUUCCUGCGACACCAUUCCCACGCGUGGGAUAAAUGUUUCGUGUAAUUUCAGGCUGUAUAUGUACAUGUACAUGCGUGUGGAUUGACAUAUUUUUUUAUUUUGACCUCCUUAAUAUUUGUGAUCGUUUUGAGAUUAUAUAUUGAAGACAGGAAAUACCGUAUAUUUGAGAUCGUAAGAAUGGCAAAAUUUUUUUGCCCUAACUUUUUUGAAAUUGCACUUAUUUUGAGCUGUUUUAAAAAUGAAAAUAAAUGCUGAUUACGGAAUCACUAUUCAGGACUGGUAAUUUUUUUUCGCCAAGAUCUUUUUCUUGAAGGAUCAACUUUUAUAUAAAAAAUGAAACGCUAGGCGAUUCAAUUUGAAUGCGCAGUGCAAGUAAUUAGUCUUGAUAUUAGGCAUUACACAAAUAAAUAUAAUAUUCAUAUUACACUGUAGUUUCGACUUCAGACAAGUUGAGGAUUUUAAACAUUUUGAAAAACAAUACUAUAAACGUUAAUUAAAAAUGUGAAAAACGUUCUAAACAAACGGUUAAAAUUGGUUAAUAGGAUAUACCUACUUUUAAUUUCACUAACAACGUACGAUCUAACAAAAAAUGCGACAACAACAACGAAUUUUCCACGCAGGGAGCCUUCCGAAAGCUUUGUAUAUCUGUUCAAUUUGGAAUGUUACGAAUUUCAGUUCCAACACAACUCACCAUCAAAACUUGAUUCCAAAUCGCUCCCCGACUUUGAAAAAAUACAAAUUGCUCCAAAUAAUUGCAAUUUUUUUCAUGUUUUAGGAAACCCUGCGUGGAUCCCAAAAUCUUCAAUGUUUUACAAAUCUUUAACGAAAUGUAACAGCGACGGCAGUAUUACGGCUUUUUAUACUCCUCCAUUUUCCUCGAGUGAUAGAGAAAUAUUGGACAAUUUUGAAUCGCAUCGAUAUUCACCCAGCUUUAUUGAAACUCUUAAUCUUGAGCAAGCGAAAGACAUUGUUCCGUACAUUUUGCCGUCUGUUUACUCGAAUUUUAGUGUAGGAAACAGAAUACUUGUAGAAGAAAGGGCGAAUACAGCAGCUCUUGGAACCGUAAUUGGCAAAGAAAAUGUUAGCACUUAUUCCGACCUUAACUACAAGUUGACUGUACGUCUUCAUAUCAGUAACACAGUUCUUCUCCUUGGGAAUCAAAGUGUUUGGAAACUUCCUCAUCAGUUAAAUCAAAAUG